GAGCAGCAACAACAAAAUAAACAACCCAGGUUGAACUCUUAUUCUCUGAAAUGCCCCAAUAAACAAAAAUUAGAUUUGAAAGGAAUUAUACAUUAUGUUAAAAAUAGAAAUGAAAAGAAAAAGAUAUAAAAAUGAAAAAUAAAACAAAUAAAAAUAGAAAAAACACAAUUAUUUAACUUAAGAUCAUUGAACUUCGGUAUUUUGUCCUGGUUUUGGUUUUCUUUUUUUUUUUUUUUUUAAUUUUUUUGUAUGGAAAGUUCUAGGCGACAAAAGCCAGACAGACGAAGGCAAAAAAGAAAAAAAAAGACGAUAUGACAAAAUCACUGAGAUCGGCCAUAAACAGACAGAGAUGGCCACAGCCAAGUUAAAGCUUGUGCGAGCAGGAAAAAACACACUUGUUGUGAUCGCCCGCCGCUGACCACAUUAAACUUUUUAUUGUAGUUGUGGUUGACUUAAUUUUGUGUGUGCGACCCAAACGUGGGGUAGGUUAAUGCUAAUGACCAUUAAGAGCCCCCCCCCACUCUCUUUCUCUCUCUAUAUUUCUCUUUUGCAAAAACAAAGAACCUCUCUUCCAAAUAGUUUCUAGACUUUCCUUCUCUUUGCAAAUAAUGCUGACAUUUGAAAAGUUGUUAAUAAAAAGACAACAAACAUUGUUGCUGAAGUUGAUAUUCUAUUCGAUUUAAUUUAUGACUAUUUUAGUUUGUUGUUAUCGAGUGUUAGAUUAGAGGUGAUGUAAUUUUGACUAAUUUUAGAAAAUUUGUCAUAAAGAGGAGCGUUCUAAAUAUUUGCAAGUUUUUUUAUUUAUAAUAUUAUUUCAAAUUCAAAAAUCAAAAAUUGCUUAAAAAUUCUUACCAGACAUUUACAGUUUUAGCCGAUGAUACUCUUAAUGAGUCACCCAUACAUUAUCAAAAGACAAGUGAAUCAAGAUCUCGCUCUCUUAAAAGUUCUGCCGCCACGCUCUAGCCCCCCCCACUCUCUUAGAUUCUUAGCUUACUCGCUCUCUCUCUCUCUCUCUCCGGCGGCCCCACUCUCACACGUUGUUUGCGGCUGUUUCGAAAAUUUUUACUACGCCGCUAGAAUAAUUUCGGACAAAAAUAUUACGAGUUCGAGUCGCGUUGUCGUCGCUUUCGCGCACGACAAAAAAAACCCCAACAACCAACAACAACAAGUGUAAACAUUAAUUCACAAUUCUAUAAUUUAAAAAUAAAAAAAAUCCCAGUUAAAAAUGCAUUAUCAAAAUAGCAAUAAUACUAAUAAUAACCUGCGAUCACCAGGAAUCCAUCAUAGAAUCGCAAAUAAUUCAGCAAAUAUGGGCCUCAAUAUACCCAUGCUGAUAGCGAGCCAAAGCCAGACACUGGACAGCUGGAAUACGGCGGGUCAGUACUCGCCCCCGAUAUCCGGCUCCGGAGGCGGUGGCUCGGAUCGCGGAGGAGGAAGCAGUGGCGGCGGCGGUGGUUUAGCUCCGCCCCCCCAGCAGCUAAGAGUUCCCCUGCCCAUGAGCUAUCACAGCGGUGGUGGAGGAGGAGGUGGAGGAGGAAGCAGUAGCAGCGAUUUCCAGCAGAGUCCUCUCAAGACCAUGGAUACGUCGGAUAACGAGGAUAACAACAACAGCAAGGAGGAUGUGGCGGCGGCGGCAGCUUUGGGACAACUGGCAGCCAAAGUUGAAAGGAGAUCGCCGGCGGGCGGGGCAGGUCCUGGCGGUGGCAGUAUUGGAGGUGGCGGUGGCGGUUCCAGUAGUCGGGAGGCCAACGAUCCAGCCAGCGAUUCCAUGAGAUCCGAACGAGCGUUGAGCGAAACGGGCUCCAGUCCCAUACCAAAUACCAAUAUGCACGAGGCGCACAAGAAUCACCUGCUGAGUAGUCCUGUCUCGGCCAGAGCUGUAACACCGCGGCAGGCGCACGAGCAGUUGCACCACCACACCACCCACCCGCAUUCCCAUACCACCCACCAGCAACUGCAACUGCAACAGCAGCAGCAGCAACAUGGCCACGAGGAAUUGGACAUCAAACAAGAGUUGGUGGAUUAUUUUCAUGGCCAAGCCGGUGGUGUGGUUGUUGGUGGUGGUGGAGGAGGCGUAGCACCACCACCACCACCCGAAUCGCAUCGUUCCUACAGUUCCGCCGGCGAGGAGAGUCGUCUGCCGUUGGUGGACAUGGCGCAGGAUCUGCGGGUGGCCCAGGCCAAGGCCAAUUUUGGUGCCUUUGUCCUGCCGCCCAGGAAUAGCGACCUGGCCUCGGCCGUGCCAACAAUGCCUUUAAAUAUGCGAAAGUUAACCGAAGCCUCCAGUGCGGGACACAUGCUGAUGAAUUCGCUGCUUGGCUCCAGGGAGAGUAUGUCGGAUGGCGAGGACCCCGAUCCGGAUAAUGAUGAAGCCACCGAAUCGGCCGCCAGUCCCGGGCACAUCAAGAGCAGUGUGUCGGCCCAGGCGGCGGUUACGUCGGCGUUCUAUGCCGAGUCCUUGAACCGCGACGAUUGCGACUUCAUCGGAUCGAAUGUGGCACUGAAGCUGAGAACUAUGGAUCGCACUCAAAGGAUAAUAGCGGAGAAGCUAAUAAGCGAGGUCCUGUACUACGGACAGUUCAAUGAGCUGGAACGCUCGGCACGGAUACAGCCCAAGUGACAGUGGCGCCUCAAGAAGUGGACAUCGGCGGCGGCUUCAGGGCUUGGGGCAAGUCCAAAUACGGUUAAUGGAAUUGGACUUGGGGUCGGUAUGGGUUUGACCAAAAUCAGGCUAGGGGCACCACCAACCAUCAUGAAGAGUCAGAGUCAGAGCCAGAGACUCGCCGUGCAACAUGGCAAAUGAAUUCAAGACAUCGAUCGCAAUUCCAUUUGUAAUUCGUAGAAAGAAAAAAAAUAGUCAAGCAAGAGAAUCAACUAACUAACUAAAAAAAAAAAAUAAUAACCAAUUACACAGAAACAGUACAACUUAUUUUUAGUUUUGGCCACAGGAUCGGAUCGGGGUCACCAACUUGUACAAAAGCUUUGCAAACCAGGGGCGGCGUUACUUAGAAAAAGGAUUAGGGGUCGAUGAGAAAAAAAGGAGUUUCAUUAAGGUACUUAUAGACCAAAAGGUUAGAGAUGGAUUCUACAUUUUAAUUUAUUAUUUUUUUACUUGUUUUUUUAUUAUAUUUUUUGACAAAAUUAUUAAAUCUUCAUUAUCCAUCUCUCCCUAGGAUUAAAAAAUACAACAAAAAAAACCAACAAUUAAAAACAUAAACCAAAGUUACUUUCUAUUCUGUUCGAAGGGCUGCUUUUAAACAUCAGUUUAAUUUUUGUCCACAACUUCAAUAUUAAAGAGUUAAAAAUAAAAUAUAAUUAAAUACAUAGAUACUAGAUAGGGUUAGAGUGGGUCUGGGAAUGGGAAUCGCGACAUACCUGAGACAUCUAACAGAAUCUCAGUAUUACCUAAUAAAAUACACUUUACAUAGACCAUAGAGAACAGCUACUAAAUAAAAAAAAUAGAACAAGGAAAGAAAAAACUAAGCAUUUGCCAUGUUUUAUAGCUAACAUAAUAUUACUAGAUUUUGUUUUUUAUUAUUUUUUGUUUUUGUUUUUGAGGCGUGAUCGAUCGUCCACUUCUAGGUGUUAUCUGAUGGCUGAUUUGUUCCGGCUCGAUAUACAAAAUAUAUAGACCUCGCUCUAAAUCAUUUUUGAGAAAAAAAAAAAAGUAAGCAAAAUUAUUGUAAAGACAAGGAAAAGCGGCUGCUAAGAAGAGAAAAAAAAUAAAAGUCAAGCUCCAAGAGAUAUGAAACUCAAGUUCCCGAUGAGCUAAAACUUUGUAAAAACCUAUUUAUAUGUUUUUCUAACUAUAUCUGUAUAUGGAUAUAUUGUGUGUAUGUAAAUUAAAGAAAUAUAUAUAUAUCAUUGUACCUUAUUUUGAAACAGAGAUGUUUUCUUAGUCACAUAAGUCUGGUCUGGUCUGGUCGAAAAAAAGUCACCAAUCCAAAAAAUAAAAAACCCAACAAAACUGAAAAGCAAAGCAACCAACCAACAAAAAAUAAGCAAAACCACAAACUUUUUACCUAUAUAUUAUAUACAAAUACUGUCGUCACUAGUUCGUUAAAGAAACAACAAACAAACAAGAAACAAACAAAACCAACAAAAAACUAAAAGCAAAGCAAAACAUUGUACAUUUUUUCGUGUUUAUUUUUUUUAGGUCCUAAUGAUUUUUGCAUAAUAUUUAAGUAGUUUUUAUUUUUAUAUGCAAAGCAAAGCAGAGCAAAAAAAAAAAAUACAGAAACAUUGAAUUAAUUUAUAUGAAAUAUAUAUAUAUAUAUAAAUGGAUAUGUAUAUCUAAUAAUAAAAGAAAAAAAAUAUGGGAAAAUUAGUUAGUCACAUAAACGAGAGAAACAGAUAGGAGGAUGGUUACUUGAGAUGAUAAUGAAAUGCAGCUCGGCUUUUGCUGAUGCCUGUUUUUUUAGCUCUAGUUUUUACCUUAGUCUAGACAAGGAAAAAAAAAAGUCCAAACCCAAAAGUCAAGUGUAAAAAAUAAAUAAAUUUUAUGUGUAUAAAUUAAUUGUCUGUAAAAUUAGCGAGAAUUUGUUUGGCAUCGAUGUGCAAACGAGUGUGUGACUGCGUAUGGAAAGAUAAAAAAAUAUAUAUAGUUUUUCGUGAAUGUGUAAACAGCUGCUAAAAACGUAAAUAAAUGUGUGUACCUAUUUGUCUGACAAGCAUUGUAAAAA